AUGAAAACGACUGUUCGGCACGAGCCAGCGAGCACCGCGGCGGCUAGUUUCGUCCCACCAACCGAAAGAUAAGCUCCGGCUGCUCGCUCCAGCAUCGUCGGCUCGCGCCGAGGAGUAUCGCCGCCCCGUCGCGAUGGUGGAGACUCCAGCUGGCUGUCUGUUCGAAGACAUCCAGUAUGAAGACAUCGAAGUUGAAGCGGCUGUUGGCAGAGGGACAUUUGGAGUUGUCUUCAAGGCCAUAUGGAAAGGAAAGGAUGUAGCAAUCAAGACCAUUGAGAGUGAGAAUGAAAGGAACGCUUUCCUUGUUGAGCUCCGCCAGCUCUCCAGGGUGAAUCACCCCAACAUUGUCAAGCUGUACGGCUCCUGUGACAAUCCAGUCUGUCUGGUCAUGGAGUAUGCAGAAUGUGGCUCUUUAUAUAACCUCUUGCACAGUGCAGACCCACAGCCCCACUACACAGCAUCUCAUGCCAUGAGCUGGUGUCUGCAGUGUGCCCAGGGAGUUGCCUAUCUGCAUGCUAUGAAGCCAAAGGCCUUAAUUCACCGGGACCUCAAACCACCAAAUCUGCUCCUCGUGGCUCGUGGUACUGUGCUGAAGAUUUGUGACUUCGGAACAGCUUGUGAUAUUCAGACCUACAUGACCAACAAUAAAGGCAGCGCAGCCUGGAUGGCGCCAGAGGUGUUUGAAGGCAGUAACUACAGUGAAAAGUGUGACGUGUUCAGUUGGGGCAUCAUCCUGUGGGAGGUCAUCACACGCAAGAAACCCUUUGAUGAGAUUGGUGGCUCUGCAUUUUGUAUAAUGUGGGCUGUCCACAGAGGUACACGGCCUCCUCUGAUCAAAGACCUUCCAGAGCCCAUAGAGACUCUGAUGACCCGCUGCUGGGACAAAGAACCCAGCCAGAGACCGUCCAUGGAGGAGGUCAAGAACACCAUGAGCCAUCUCAUGAAGUACUUCCCAGGCUCUGACGAACCACUCAAGCUCCCUCACCACCCUUCAACCACAAGCGCAGGCUCGUAUGCUGACUCUACCAUCAACAGUAACAGGAGUGACGACAACACAGAACACAGAAACUCAGUUGGCAGAGAUGAAACCCUGAAAAGUGUUGAGGCCAAAUUUCCACUACAAUUCAAACCCUCAAAGACAGCCACAUUGCGUACUGGUCUGUCCAGGGUGUCCAGUAUAGACAGUCAACCAGGGCGCUCCCAAAGCCCCACCCACUGCACCAGUCCUGUAACCACCACUGGCCAAUCAGAGCUGAGGAUGACUUUCAGUCCCACAGCUACCAACGGUUUAGACAGCUCAAUUCCCUUGGCCUACCUGAAACUGGAUCACCAGUUACAGCCUCUGGCUCCGUGUCCAAACUCCAAAGAGUCCAUGGCCGUGUUUGAGCAUCACAUCAGGAUGGCUCAGGAGUACCUCAAAGUCCAGUCAGAGAUCGCAAACCUUGUUCGGAGGAAACAGGAGUUGGUGUCUGAGCUAGAGCUGGACCAGAGGGAGCAGCAGACUUCAUCCAGACUCAUCCAGGAGCACAGCAAGCUGCUGGAGGACAACAGCAACCUGUCCACCCGCUACCAGAGCCUGAAGAGCAAACUUAGCCUGAUCAAGAGUCAGAACCAGCACCACAGCUAGGUCAGGAGGCUGGACUGCAGCACACAGUCCACGUCCCCUCAGCUGAUUUGACUCUGCUCUCUUCUGGACUGUCUUUCUCUAAGAUAAGAGGAAAUGAACAUGAAGUAUGGCAGCCUAUUAUCCUGAAAAAAGAAGAUAUUUAACUCACCAAGAAACAACGUAUCAAAAUAACAUUGGAAUUCAGUUGUUAGUUUGCAAUUACAGGCUUUAAAGUCCAACUGAAAGGGAAUUUGUCACCUUUUGUUAAUGGUAAGGCAGCUAUCAAAACUAGUUGUGGGACAUUUGUGGAAGAAAUGUCUAAGCCUUGAGCCUUUGGUUGGCUUUUAAGUUGUUAAAUGAAAAUUCUGGUAUUUUUCAAACCUAAUUGUGGGCAUUCUAACCAUGCAUCGACUUUGCACUCACAUCUGUUGUAGAGAUUUGGAAAGCCCAGCUCCUGGCAAAAAACCUUUCUGGUCUCUGAGUUUAACCUAAAUAAAAGAGAGAAAGUACCUCCCUAGGUUAGCUGUUGAAGCUUCCUGCAUAGGUAUCUACUUCCAGGGCAACCAAACUAUCCUACGCAGCUCAUAUCUAGUGCGUUGUUAUGCUGCCAAAGAUGAUGAAUACAAGGUUGCGUGACCCACAUUCAUGAAGGCCACAUUUCUAGCAAGCGAGAAACUGGAAAUUAGUUCUCCACUAUGAAAGUGGAAGCUAAUUAGCCUCACAUGCUAACAUAACCGUCGAUUACAUCUAGCUAGUGACUCUUUUGUGGGGUUUUGUGGUGACGAUGUACGACCAGACCGUGAAAAUUCACAGCAACAGGUAGUCCUAUGUACUAACUUCUUCUUUUUGGAAAUCACAGAUUUGACCAUAUAUGCACAAAACAACACAAAUUAACUUCAGUUUGACUUUAAAAUAAAUAUUAGCACAUUUUGAGGUAAAUGAGAUAAUAGUAGCUGUCACUUCUUCUUUGUGCAUCUGGACGUUUGAUUAUGGGGUUGACCAUAAAAUUGAUUGAAAUGUUCAUUUCAGUCUUUUACGACAGUAUUGAUCGAAUGGGACCAAAGAGUUUCCGGUCAGAAGAAACCUGCAGCUUCAGGUGUUGUUUCUGACUUGUGCUUUUACCAGUGAGUUCUGUUUUAUUGCAUUUUCUUUUUUGAAUUGUUGAAAAGUAACUACAUAUGUGAUUUGUAAAUUCAAACUAAUAUAUAUCGCCUUCAGCCCACCCAUUUUAUUGUGUUUUUUAUGAAAAGAGGAAAGGCAGUUGCAGUGUGGGCAGUUUCAUUUUCAACCAAUUUUACUGUGAAUAUAAGACAUGCCAAAGGAGUUCCUCUUCAGAGACAUGCUGCCUAGCAGCAAAAGAAAAGCUUUGUUAAAAGGCUGUUUGUAAUGGAAAUAACUGUAGAAUUAUUACUUUUUAUCUGUUUAAUUUCUAUUUUCUGUAGUUACUUACACAGACAGUUACACUUCACAGAAUUAUAUUAACUGUUAUUCUGCACUGCACUUAUUUGGUCAAGGAAAUCUUCUGCAUGUGUUCUUAUGGGUCUUUCUUUAGUUUCUGACACCGGGUUUCUUUGGGAUGAAUUGUUGAUUGAAUGCAUUUGUUCGGAUUGUUCUUGUACAGUUCAUUUAUCCAUCUCAGUUUACUUUAGGAAUACUUUUAAUUGAAACCUAAGAAUUCCUGAAAUGUUUCUCCUGUGAUUUUAAAAUGCACAGACUGCAAUUAUAUGCUUUUAAAAGUUCA